AUGUGCUCACCGCCAAGCUUCCUGGCCACUGACGAGUUUUAUUCUGGAGUUCUUCAUAUUUUAACAGCCAUUGAAGUUCCUUUGCACAUAUUCGGAGCCUAUGUUAUAGUUACACGGACUCCGAGUAAAAUGAGCGGUGUCAAAGCAAGUUUGCUCCUUUUACACCUGGUUGGAGCAUUUGUCGACGUUUACUUGAGCUUUGUGACGACUCCGGUGUUAACUCUGCCGGGGUGCUCGGGUUAUUUUUUGGGAGUCACGCUAUGGUUGGGGCUGCCCAGUGAUGUUAUGUCGUAUUGGGAUAUUUCACUGGUUGGAGUCCUCUCCGUCACCAUCCUAAUGUUCUUCGAAGACCGCUACUUCCGCCUUACCAAAGGUCCGACAGGCUCGCGGAGCUGGAAACGUGUAUUUUACAUUACCCUUCAUUAUUUCAUAUCAGUAACAUUUAUUGCUCCGGCGUACUAUAAAAAGAUGGAUCAGCAAUUGGGAAGGCUGCUGACAAAGCAGACGAUCCCGUGCAUGCCUGGCGAAGUACCUGCGCGGCCGGAUUUCAUAGUCCUAUCAAUCGACAAAACAUUACCAAGCCUGUGCUUUGCCUUUAUGUUCGCAUUAAUCUUCCCUCAAAUUCUAUUUUUCGUCAUCCGAAUCUCAUGGUUCCUCUACCACACCGUAUCCCAAUCCCAGGCCACAAAUCGUCUCCAGAAGCAAUUUUUUGUAGCUCUAUGCAUUCAGGUGUUUAUUCCACUGGUUUUCAUAUCCAUCCCAGUAGCCUAUAUCAUUCUAGCCGUCUAUCUGGACUACUAUAAUCAAGCUGCGAACAAUUCUGCGCUAAUCGCAAUCGCAUUUCAUGGGAUCUUGUCAACACUGACUAUGCUCAUUGUGCACACACCUUAUCGGCACGCAACUUUGGAGUUUUUCAAUAUAGAGCAGAAGCCGAAUACAGUGAGAAGCUCGCAUGUUGGAGGCGAUGGGAAGAUUUAG